AUGUUACUCUGGUCUAGAGUGAGCUUUGUCAUUCUAUAUGAAUUUUCUGGUUGUAUAUCAUUACUCUUUUGGUAUUUGACCUUUCAGGGAUCAGUUUGGCCAUUAAGCUUUUUGGUGAGGUAUUGUGGAAUGCUUCGGAACCGAAUGCUUGCUGAUCCGAAUUUUCUUUUUAAAGUUGGAACAGAGGUAGCCAUUGAUUCUGGUUGUACAACCUUUGCUGAAUUUCAAAAAAGAGGAAAGGAUUUUUGGGCAGAAUUUGAAUUGUACACUGCAGAUCUUUUGGUUGGCAUGGUUGUUGACAUUGCUUUGGUUUCCAUGUUAGCACCGUACACUCGAAUUGGGAAGCCAUCUACAUCUAGUGGUUUCUUUGGACGAUUCAAUCGUGCUUGUGGAGCUCUUCCAAGCAGUGUUUUUGAAGCUGAAAGGCCAGGAUGUAAAUUCUCAAUGAAACAGCGGAUUGCUACCUAUUUUUACAAGGGCAUAUUGUAUGGCUCAGUUGGAUUCGGGUGUGGUCUUAUUGGCCAAGGCAUUGCAAAUUUGAUCAUGACUGCUAAACGGUACAGUUCUAUCUAGAUGCAUCUUGUAUUAGAUGUCUUUCUAGAAUAUAUUCAGUGUAGUG